AGCAAUAUUAUCUCUCUAUAUAUAAUGGCAGGCAAGUGUAAUUUAGCGAGUGUUCUAGGGGGAUUUUUGGUAUUGACACUGUUACACAACCCUCUCAACGUUUCCGGUCAAAAUAUCCCGGCGGUGGCUUUGUUUACCUUCGGUGACUCCAACUUCGACGCCGGAAACAAACAGACUCUCACUAAAGCAAACGUUGCCCAAGGUUUCUGGCCGUACGGUAAAUCUAGAGAUGACCCUAAUGGCAAACUCUCCGACGGUUUCAUCACUCCUGACUUCGUCGCAAAAUUCAUGGGGAUUCCAAUCCCAAUCCCGGCGGCGCUUAAACCGAACGUCAAUGUCUCACGUGGAGCUAGCUUCGCCGUUGCUGAUGCUACUCUUCUCGGAGCUCCGGUUGAAUCUCUGACUCUGAAUCAACAAGUGAGGAAAUUUAACCAAAUGAAAGCAGAAAACUGGAAUGAUGACUUCAUCAAGAAGUCAGUGUUUAUGAUAUACAUUGGUGCUAACGACUACUUGAAUUUUACCAAGAACAACCCUAACGCAGAUGCGUCUGCUCAACAAGCUUUCGUCACUUCCGUGACCAACAAGUUAAAGAAUGAUAUCAGCUUGUUGUAUUCAUCAGGAGCUAGUAAGUUUGUGAUCCAAACCCUUGCACCAUUAGGUUGCUUACCCAUAGUCAGACAAGAUUACAACACUGGAAUGGAUCAAUGCCACGAACCUCUCAACAACUUGGCUAAACAACACAACGAAAAAAUCGGACCGAUGUUGAACGAAAUGGCUCGAACUGCUCCUGGUUUCCAAUUUACCGUCUUCGAUUUCUACAGUGUCAUUCUUCGUAGGACGCAGAGACCCUCCAACUACAGGUUCUUCGUGACGAAUGCAUCGUGCUGCGGAGUUGGGACACACAAUGCUUAUGGUUGUGGUUUACCUAAUGUGCACUCCAAGCUAUGCGAGUACCAACGAUCUUACUUAUUCUUCGAUGGACGUCACAAUACCGAGAAGGCACAAGAAAGUUUUGGUCAUCUUCUUUUUGGAGCCGAUCCAAAUGUGAUCCAACCAAUGAAUGUCCGCGAGCUCGUUGUUUACCCAGUCGAUGAACCUAUGAGCGAGGUUUGGCUACCUACAACGUCAGCCACGGUCCAAGCCAGCGACUCUAGCUCGUCAGCAAGCCGCGGUUACGAGUUCUACUGAGUCUCUAUAAACCAUAUAUGAUUCUCACAAAAAUCGGAUUCGUAAUGUUCUUAGUUUGUAACUUCUUUUUCAUCUUGCUCGAGUGAGUUUCCAACUAAAAUAAAAGAUUGAUCA